UGAAAUUUUUGUCUAAACUUGUUGAGAUCUAAAUUUUAGUCAAAAGGUGAAAGGUCCAUGGGGGGGGGUAUAUACAUAUAUUCGUGUUCUGCCCCACGGAUUUCUUUUGAAAUCGAUUGUUUUUACGGUAUGUAAACAUGAAUAUAUGAAUAUACACCCCCCCCCCCCCAAUUAUCGUGUCUAGCUACGGCCCUGAACACUGACUGAUUGAAACGAUACUGGCUAACAUCGAAGACUCUUGUGCUGAAAUUCAAGAGGAAAAUGCCGAAAUUGAAAAUGAAUUCGAGAAUGAAGUCGAUGCUCCCAAAUCAUGUUCGUAAUUGAUGCUUUUUAGGCCGUGCAGCUUGUAAGGACUCUGUUCGGAGUACUCCAGAUUUUGGGAACACUAAUGGAAUGGAACAGAACACGAUCACAUGACUGUUCGGAACUGUUCUGGCUGCUUCCAAAGUACACAGGUAAAAACGCACAAGUUGUUAUAGUGGGGCGGAUAAGCGAAAGUAUUGUGCGUUUUGUGAAGAAAGCACCAUAUUGAAAGGAUGUAUAGACUUUGACACAAGUAUGAAUUUCAGAUAUGGACGCAUCUGUGAAAUUAACGCUAAUAGCCAAAAAUUUGGAAUUUCUGACAUUUUAUUAUAAAUUCUUAUUACGGCUCGAAAUCUCAAAAUUCAUAAGUACUUCACAAAAAAAUUAGUUCUAUGUAGAACAUUAAAGCAGUUUUUUGAUUUUCCAAAUAUUUCCUGAGCUGCAACCUGUUAAAAAAGGCGAUUUGAAGCUAGUGCCAGUCUUUGCACCUAAUUUUUAUCUGUUUAAAAUUUCUAUCCGUCCAAUCACACUGCACUGUUAUUUUGAAGGGUUAAUUAACCGCGCUAUAAAUAUUGGCAUAUACUUAUUAUAUGCUAUUUGAACGCCAGGUUGGGCAAAAUCAACGAGUAAAAACGUUGCAAAAGCACACUUAGAUAUACAAAAAACAGCAAAUCAUUAUACGAUUUAUUAUGCGAAUAACUAAUGAUAUAGUAAUGCAUGGUUGCACGUAACUCUUUAAAACACGAGUAGGAGUGUUUUAUCAGAUAUAAUAUAAAAUAUUGACGAUAAUUAUAAGUGAUUUGAUAGUGUUCUCAACUGCUUUGAGUGAUACGCGACUAAAGCAUGUCUUAUUUAUAAAAGAGAUCAAUUAUAACUUCAUUUUAAUGCUGCUUGUACUGCACAGGGUAUUUCAUUGAGUUGUUCGUACAUGUCGUCUUUUGUACAUGGCGACAACGUACCUCAUGAUUUAUAUUAGAAUGUUAGGGUUUGUAAUCCAAGUGAGUAUAUAUACAUUUUAAGACCUAACCAAGAACGACUCGUUCCUGGUCAGGUCUUAAAAUGUAUAUAUAUUACUCACUUGGAUUACAAACCUUAACAUUCUAAUAUUAAUUCCACCAAGUGAAGUGCAAGAAUCUAAAUAAUUGAAGUCACAUGAUUUAUGUACAUGAUCUAUACAUUGAAACGGGUGAUAGCUUUUCGAGCGCGCACACUUGUAGGACUGAAAUGUUCAUUCGUGACUGAAACUAUUCAACACGUUGAAUAUUCUGAAUAUUCGGUGUGGCACACUGGGGAAACUUGCUUACGCCAACACCGGUCACGAGUGAAAUUUUGCUAAGCCGCUUUAGAAAGCAAGGAGUUCUCAUUCAAAAAUUCGUACAAUUGGUUGAAAAAAGAACCGCUCAAAGAUUUUACUAACGACGGUCUUGGGCCAAUAAAACACACUGUUUCCCUCGGUCUCAGUAAAUAAGUUUAUAAAAUAACAUGUAUAUAACGCGGUCGAAAGCCGUGUUUGGAUCAGGCCAUCCAAACACGGAAGACUACCGUGUUGUUGUUAUUUUAUAAAACAAUUACUUUAUGGUUUCCGUGUUUGGAUGGACUGAUCCAAACACUUGGGAAUGUUGCUCGAGUUAAGAAAACGCAACAUUCCCGCGUGUUUGGAUCAGGCCAUCCAAACACGGAAACCAUAAAGUAAUUGUAUAAUAAAUGCUUAUUAUCAAAGUCAAAUAGCUUUAAUUAUUCUAUUGGCCGCAAAACAGGACACACAUCAUGCUGUGUCAUUAUUGCAUGCCAGUAGGCUCCGCCACGUCUUCGACAUAAUGUGGAUUUCGUAAGAACUUGUACGAAUUAAGGUGAGUGUAUUAAAGUGUUUUAAAAGCAUAUAUAUAGUCAUAUAUAGACGAUAUAAUUAAUGAUAUAUAAACAAUAAAGACUUUUAACUUAUUAUUGAACCGGCAUUGAUUUAGUGAAAUGUGAACGCCAUAGGCAUAGACGUUUUAUUAAUAGUAAUGUUUAAUAAUUAAGUAACAAAUUCUACAAGUUAGGUUGCGUUUUCUUUGACUUUACUCUGUCGCGUGUCAAACAAAGUAAAAUUGAAAAGUGUUUUGGUCAAUUCAAUUACGUUAUUCGAAGCCGGUUGCUGGCUUUUUAUGGUAAACUGCUAACAUUUCUUAUCCAAUAUAAAGGUCGAUUUAUAGACUACACCGACUUUUGCCUAUGCAACCUGCUUACAACUUGAGUUGUACUGUGUAAAUCAAGCAUACUGAUUACGACAACUAAGUCUAGGGGCUAAGGCGAGUUGUAUGUAAUUUACACAGCAUAUACAAUUCAGUUGUAAACAGGUUGCAAGCGACAGUUUUAGGCAAACGUUGUGUAUAACCUAAAUCGGCCUUAAUAUAAAAGUCAUAAAAGCUUUUUUCGAUUGUAUUCAGCGAACUAGCUUGCCGGUAGCGCAUCUUGCGAAGCUAGUGAAACGUAGUUCGGCCCGGAUCCAUUGUUGAAUGUUUUGAUGAUCACUUUUUGUCUGACUUUUUUUAACUCUCAAGUUGUUUUGAAAUGAUCUCAUGAUCAUUUGCGGAACGAAUCGCCCACGGGUUAUUUUGAUAAGUGUUCCAGUUUAUACGUAUUCAGAGGCAACGUGGCAUAAUAACCCGCUGGCGAUUCGUUCGGCUUAUUUUGAAAACAUCUAAAAUAUGCAAAAGCGGCCUCGAUUCGAGCUGUAAAACUUUCUAAAUAAUAUAUUUUGGGCUCAAAAUACUAUCAAAGUGUAAAGAAAAGUCACACGAACCAUUACUCAUUAGUAUUCAUUCUAUGCUGUUGAGGUGUCUAAAAAUAGAGCCUGUACUGCACAGGGUGUCUAAAAAAAGACCCUUUAGAAAUCACCCUUUUGUUGUUAAUUAAAAGCGGUAUCCGCAGGGAAUUUACUGGUAAAUAAUCCCCGUUUUACUUAUAAACCUAAAGGCCAUGUUACACGGUGCAGUUUUUCUUGCAACUUGCAAUGCAAUUCUACUCUUGAGAGAUGUAAAAUUGCCAAAUACGAGUAUUCAUUACACUCCGCUGAUGUUUUCUAAAGGUUUUGAUGUUUUCUCCUUUAUGUUUUCUCAACAUAUCGAAAAUUCUUCACUGAUUUCACUAAUUAACAUCUCUCAAGAGUAGAAUUUCAUUGCAAGUUGCAAGAAAAAUUUCACCGUGUAACAUGGCCUUAAGUCUAAGAGGUUCACACGCGUAUAGCAAUUAAUGUAUUUUUGGAAUCUAUGAUCAAUAGGCUUCCUGUCGAUGCCUUACUCGUGCUGUCGUGCAUCACUAGACUUGUCCGUGGAGGUAAAAAGCAGGUUUUUCCAGCUGUGUAAUCGAAAAAGACGUGAAAGUUAAUAUUAUGCGCUUUCGAAUCUUAUGUUCUAUUGAAUUCCGAGGCGCCUUGUAGCAAAAACUUGAAUUUACCACGGUCUGAAAAUUGUAUUUUUGGAAUCUACGGUCAAUAUAGACUUUCUGUCGAUGCCUCAUUCUUGCAUAACUAGACAGUCCGUGGACAUAAAAAGCAAGUUUUUUCAGCUGUGUAAUCGAAAAAGACGUGAAAGUUAAUAUUAUGCCGUUUCAAACCUUAUGUUCUAUUGAAUGUCAAGGCUCCUGUAGCAGAGACUUGAAUUUGGGCCGGUCUGAAAAUUGUAAUUUUGGAAUCUAUGAUUAAUAGGCUUUCUGUCGAUGCUUUACUCGUGCAUCACUAGACUUGUCCGUCCGGCUUAAUGCUGCUAGCGCUCGAUCUUUUUUGUCCAGAACAUUAAUUUGGAACACUGCUCUUGAAAGAUUCGUUUUUAUUUUGUGCGCAAAUAUAAAAAAAUUGCAUUGCUCAAUUUUCUUGUUCGUUUUUUUUCUUCAAAUUUUCAAGUUCAAUAUCUUUUUUUCUGGGGGGGGGGGCGCAUCCGUCUCUUAAUCUUUUUACUAUGUGAAAUAUUGUACAUUUUCAGGUUGAAAAUGAAAAUUUGAUAUGAAUUAUGAAAAUAUUUGUUCUUGUUGAAGACAACGUACUGCUAAUCACACCAUGUAAGUACUUAAAGAAAUCUUUCUGUUUGUUGUUGUUGUUGUUGUUGUUGUUGUUGUUGUUGUUGUCGUGGUUUUUGUUGUCGUUGUCGUUGUUGUCGUUGUUGUUGUUGUUGUUGUUGUUGUUGUUGUUGCCGUUGUUGUUGCUGCCGUUGUUGUUGCUGCCGUUGUUGUUGCUGCCGUUGUUGUUGUUGCCGUUGUUGUUGUUGCCGCUGUUGUUGUUGCUGCUGUUGUUGCUGUUGUUGUUGCUGUUGUUGUUGUCGUGGAUUGUUGUCGUGGAAGGGUGUAUUGACUCCACAAGUGCUUACGUCACUCAAUUUUCAAUCCUACUAAAUUGGGUAUACGGUACGCAAUCGGCAAUAUGGGAUACAUGCAUGAGUGUCAAACUCAUUGUUCGACAGUGAGGUAACGUAAGAGGGCUUUCAUGGUCUGUAGAGACCUUACGAUUUUAGGACGGCAACGCGACGGUGACGGCCAAAACAAACUCCUUCAAAUAAAUGGUAGUAAAGAUAGUUCGUCGUAUAUUAUCAAUUGUAUGAAUUUAAUACAGUUUUAGAAGUUAAAGACAUGGGUUUGAAGUUGCACUUGUUGUGGCUUGGAAUGCAGCCGUUGUAUCAAGACGUGAAACUCUGUGAUUUAGCGUCGUAAACAGAGCGAGGACAAUGUCUAAAUUAUUCAUAUAUUGUAAUUACUCAAUUCUUUUCAAUGAUCUAUUAUUGUAUUGGUAGCCAUUGCAGUCCUAAAAUCGUAAGGUCUCUAAUUACUAUAGUAAGACGGCUACUGCACAGGUCAAACUGCAUGCAUUUGAAUUGGAACUGGAUAACCAUGGAUCACAAAAAGGCGGGAUAAAGUGUUUGCAAUAAUUCAGCAGAGUAUUUUAGUCAAAAAAACAUAAGAAUACAACCAUGCCACUCUAGGAUGAAAUAUCUAUAAAAUAUUGUUGGUCAUUUUCAGGGAAAAUAUCAAACAUGAUAGACAGUAAAAUACGCAUCACAAAUUUCAACUGCAACAGUAGCAAUUUCUUGGUUACGAAAGUAAAAACCUAAGACGAAGACGAAGACGAACAACAUAUUUACCUCGAAUGCUUUGCCGUGGCACAGGCCAGGUCAAAAGACAAUGAAACCAUUCUGAAUCGCAAUAUAGCUAUACCUGAAUGAAUGCGAAAAAUAUAGGAAAGUAAAAGAAAAACGCCGUAUAAACUAUUUGCUAUAUGUUCGCUGUGCUUCAAUAUGACCUGUUUUUUGGCUUUAAACUAAUUUUAAUUAACUGGAAAAAAACAGUAGGGAACCUACUUAAAUGGCAAACCACGUUAUUAUUAUAUAGCGAUUUAUGACAUUGAUUGUGGUAAUGAUAAAUUAUGAUAAUUGUGAUCAUGAUAAUACGAUCAAGAUCAUAUAGUUGAUGUAAUCUUAAUUAUGAUCAUAGUACGAUUAAGACAAUGAUGAUUAUGAUAACGAUUAUUGUGGUUAUGAAAUAAUCACGAUUAUAGAUUAUUGCAUUAUUAAUAUAAUUAUGAUUGUCGUGAUUAUGAUUAUUACAUUAUUGAUACGAUAUGAUUAGUGAUUAUACGGUUGUGAUUAUGAUUAUAUAGGAAGAAACGUUAUUCUCUCUAUUUGAUUGUCGUCUUGCUCCUCAUCGAAAUUCCCUUUCUCCUCACUGGAUGGUAUCUGUUUUUUCAAACCAACGUAGAACACGUCGAACUUGUUCAAAAGCAAAACGUUUUUCAAAUUUUGUUGCCACGUGCGAAGCAAAGCAAACGGACGAAUCAAAACAAACGGACGAAUCAAAGCAAACAGACGAGUCAAAUUUCGGCACGUCAGUACCGUACCAAAUUCGAAGGGCUGGAUUUUCAAGCCUUGCUUGCCAAAAUAAAAGGCAGCACUGGUCAAAAUCUACAAGUACGUAUCACUCAUGACCGGCGAACUAAGAAACCACGCGUUGCUAUGAAUUACACUGAAUUGGCUCUUCCAAAAAUGAUCGACAUUUCGAAAACCAAAGAGGGAAAUCCAUCGAAGAAAUACGCCUACGUCCAUUAUCAAUACAAUGACCAACUUACGAAAAACACUCGUGCGUUUCUUAGCCUUUGUGCGCAAGCUGGAAGAACCGGGCGAAGCGUGGUUAAGCCUUUUGUGAAACAGACAAAACUUAGUUCUGACCAAUCCUGGUUCCUUUUGGAAACUUAUUACGAUGUGAAGCAAUUAGAUGGCCUGCUAGCAGCCGCUGGUUACGCGACACUUGUGGAUACGGCGGAGUACUUGAAGGAAUGCCCACCCAACAGCCCUGAUCAUGUAAGCGUACAUUUCAUUGACAAUUCACAAUCAUCAAUGGGAUUCACUAAAGCUAAUUUUCACUUGAAGGAAGAUUACUAUAAGGCAAUCUUAAAAAACACCACACAAAAAGGUUGGACGGAAUGCGAAUUUCUUGACAGAGCUAUGAAGCGAACUCCUGGAAAACAAUUUUGUGUCAAUGGAGAUAUUAUAAAAGAUUGGGGAAUAUUCGAAAAAGAUAUCGUUAAAAAUGAAAAGUGUCUUAAUAUAUUCAUAUGGAGAGGAAUAGAUGGUGUUACAUAUCGUUUGAAGUUCAGUGAAGAUAGUAUGAAGUAUUCCUCAAUUGAUCUUUCAUAUUCGUUGAGACCUGGUCAGCCCGUCAUCAACGAAGUCGAGCGUUUUACGAAAGAGUCUCUAGCUGAGAACUAUAUUGCGGUGUAUGUGCGUAGUGAGUUUAUCAUGUUAAGUUCAACUAUCGAUCAACUUCGAAAGUGUAUUGAUUUGAUGCUCGAGGUUUGUAUUCGUAUUUUCAUAUUUCCUAGAUACAGUGCGCAAGGUUUUCGAAAAGUUCCGUAUUAGAGAGGUGUUCGUAUUAGAGAGGUGUUCGUAUAAAGGCUAAUUUCCACUCAGGAAAAUUAUCCGUGGAUUGGAACGGACAAGAAUAUUUUUCUUUGUGUUAAAGUCAUUAGUUCCAACCCAGAGCUCACAAGACAAAGAAGGAUUUUCUUGUCCGUUCCAAUCCACGGAUAAUUUUCCUAGGUGGAAAUUAUCCUUUAGAGAGGUAUACGUAUUAGAGAGGUGUACGUAGUAGAGAGGUGUACGUAUUAGAGAGGUGUACGUAUUAGAAAGGUGUAUGUAUUAGAAAGGUGUACGUAUUAGAGAGGUGUACGUAUUAGAGAGGUGUAUGUAUUAAAAAGGUGUACGUAUUAGAGAAGUGUACGUAUUAGAGAGGUGUAUGUCUUAGAGAGGUAUACGUAUUAGAGAGGUGUACGUAUUAGAGAGGUAUACGUAUUAGAGAGGUGUACGUAUUAGAGAGGUGUACGUAUUAGAGAGGUGUACGUAUUAGAGAGGUGUACGUAUUAGAGAGGUGUACGUAUUAGAGAGGUGUACGUAUUAGAGAGGUGUACGUAUUAGAAAGGUGUACGUAUUAGAGAGGUGUCCGUAUUAGAGAGGUGUACGUAUUAGAGAGGUGUACGUAUUAGAGAGGUGUACGUAUUAGAGAAGUGUUAGAAUUAGGGAGGUGUAGGUAUUAUUAAGGUGUACGUAUUAGAGAAGUGUCCGUAUUAGAGAGGUAUACGUAUUAGAGAUGUGUCCGUAUUAGAGAGGUGUAGGUAUUACUAAGGUGUCCAUAUUAGAGAGGUCCACAUAUUAGAGGGGUGUCGAUAUUAGAGAGGUGUCCAUAUUAGAGAAGUAUACGUAUUAGAAGGUGUCCGUAUUAGAGAGGUGUCCGUAUUAGAGAGGUGUUCGUCUUAGAGAUGUGUCCGUAUUAGAGAGGUAUACAUAUUAGAGAGGUGUCCGUAUUAGAGAGGUGUCCGUAUUAGAGAGGUGUCCGUAUUAGAGAGGUGUCCUUAUUAAAGAGGUGUAGGUAUUAUUAACGUGUCCAUAUUAGAGAGGUACACAUAUUUGAGGGGUGUCCAUAUUGGAGAGGUGUCCGUAUUAGAGAGGUAUACCGUAUACGUAUUAGAGAGGUAUCCGUAUUAGAGAGGUAUACAUAUUAGAGAGGUGUACAUAUUACAAUGAUAUACAUAAGUUACGGUAUAUAAGAAGUUACGUGCAGAGCAUUUCGACUAGUACUGCUUAUAACACACCUAUAAAUACUGUAUAUUUUAUCCAUAAUAGGUCGUGGUGGCUCUAAAAGCUACCACAGGUUUAUCCCAUGUUUACGUCGCCACCGAUAUGGGUGACAACGGUUCCUCUUCGCUUAUUCGGCUUCGGAUGAGGAGACAUCUCGACGAAAACGUCUUCAAACUUCUCCAUGGUCAAAUAGUUGAAAAAUCCCAUGGAGUGGCUUACAGCCCCCCGUCUCAUGUACAAGAUCGCGGUGUGAUAGCAUUUGUUGAUAUGACUUUGAUCUCUCGCGCGCAGUAUCUUAUAAGCACUGGGUCGGGGACAUUUCAAGCGUGGACCUCAGCGAAAUUUUUACAAAAUCAUCGCAAUGAUAAACAGUCAUGGUCUAAAAUCACUGUGUGUGAACACUGACCUUGAAACGACACUGGAUUGAGUAUGUAUGCCUGAGCGUUUGAGUGUUUUUGUCCAGGACGAAAGUAUGCAAACAUGGCCUCUUCAAAAUAACUUCUAUUGUAAUAAAUGAUUCCCCUUAUUACGUUUUCGUAGCGCUUUGCAUUGUGGUUAUAGUGGUAUCACUGAUAAAGAUAGCGGCCUCGAAUGAAAAUAUUGAGUGUUUUCGUGAAAUGUUUUGUUGUUGGCUAUCGUGCACCUGACCCUAGCUUUUUUAAAAGUUCUUGCACGGGUCAGGACAAAAAAUAAGCCAUCUUGAAUAUCAGUGAUACCACUAUAACCACAAUGCAAAGCGCUACAAAAACGUAAUAAGAGGAAUCAUCUAUUAGAAAACCUGCACUUUGUAUUCUAAUUUAGUGUCCGUGUUCAUCUCUAAGUGUUUUGUCUUGUUUGUAUUUUUCUACUAUAUGCUAUCCAAUUAAUAUUAUAAUAAUUCAAAAUUGGUGGAAUAUGUCUAUCC